AUGUCGUCUCCUCCCGCAUCUGGAUUUGUCGGUCUCUUCCGGCGCAUCAUUACGGCAUCGGCGUCUGAGAUUGCGGGCCUGGGCAGUGCGGCGCAACUUUCGGGCCUGUGUUCUCAGCAGCCCUACGGGGCUCCAGUCAGACAAAUUCUUUCCAUCCAGAUUCCGGCUCCCGGCCAGGGCGGUUCGCUCUGGCGGACCCCAUGCGGCGGAGACACGCUGGCGGGCAACUACCGAAUAGGAGGGGACUACAAUGUCGACUACUCACCACAGGACUCGCAUCCGGGCGACCAGAGCCAACAGCCUCAUGGGUACAGCUCGCAGCAUCACCGGCCAUCCAUCCAUCACACGGGCCCCUCGAUCCUCCAUGAGAGUCCAACAGAGCCGCACUAUACGACCAUGCAGCAGCAGCAGCAGCAUCAUCACCACCAGUCUGCACACCGACCGCUUCCGGUCCUCAUGGACCCGGGGCAGUUGGGAGGGCACCCAGGAGCGCAUCGGCAGUCCUAUCCUGGGCCUUCGCAUUUUGGCGGGCCCGGUCCAUCUCCGCACUCAGUAGUCGCUCCUCUUUAUCCGUCUAUGGCCCCAGGUCCAAGCCCUGGCGUCAAGCGUUCCAGGCCGGACGACCUUGAUCUGUCAGUACAUGGCAUGCCGGACCUUGAACAAGGAGACAUGGAUUCGAUGCAGCAGACCCCUCUUGGUGCCGCCUAUGCCCAAGCCGCGGGAGGGUCGUCCCACCCGACCCAUCACCAUCACCGUCUUCCAGAUACGGGACCGCCUUCGAAACUGAUGCGUCGAGACGAAAAUCUGGGAGGAGGUGCUCCUAGCGUUGUGGGACAAGAGGGAAUGCCAGAACCAGCACCGAGGCCAAGGGGACCUAAACUCAAGUUUACACCCGAGGAUGAUCAGCUGCUCAUAGACUUGAAGGAAAACAAAAGCCUCACGUGGAAGCAAAUCGCCGACUUCUUUCCCGGACGCUCCAGCGGCACGCUUCAGGUUCGAUACUGCACAAAACUCAAGGCCAAGACAACGCAAUGGACGGACGAGACGGAUUUGAAGCUUCGUACUGCUCUCCAGGAUUAUGAGAACGAGAAGUGGCGCAUCCAAUCAGCGUCCUCUCCAGGAGUCUCGGCUCCUGAAGGGGACACAAGCGUCUACUCUCAGCCACACGCUGAGUCUUCGAAUCCUGUCUACACCCACCAGCCUGCUCAGCCAUCGAAUACGGUCUACACGCAGCAUCUCCAGCAGUAG